AUGUAUCUCUUAGGCACUUUACUCCAACAAGAUAUCAUCUUAAGUUUAUACUAUAUCAACCAAACUACCAUGUCUCAAUUUUACGGUUACACAGUCGAUAUUACUUUGAAAGAUAAGGAUGAAACGAUUAGAGGUAUUAUUGAAAAAAUAGGAGAUAAAGAAAUUACCUUGAGGAACCCCGUCAAUGUUAAAAAGGAUGGUUCUUAUGCAAAGGUUGACAGCAGUCAGUUGAAUAUUUCCAGCUCUACAAUUGCUGACCUAGAUGUGAUUGAGCUUGCUAAAAAUGACAAUAAAUAUAUAAAAAAACAAAUGAAACUAUUGAAAAAUAAAGACCAAUCUCAAUCUCGAUCUCAAUCUAACUCAGAACCCCUCCAGCAAUCAGAAUCUUCCCAAUCUAAAGAGAAGGAAAAAAGAGGCAAGAGCAAUAAGAAGAAGAACACCAACAAUAGAUUAACCUCUACUAGCACUUCUACCAGCUUUGGGGAUUCCGACUCCUGCCUGUCACCUAAAAAUGACUUAGAUGUCAGAUAUGUCGAUGUUUACAAUGAAAAGCCAUCGCAGAAAAAGAAAAAGUCAGACCUAAUGGAUGAAUUCGAUUUUGCUGCAAAUUUGCAGAAGUUUGAUAAAAAAUCGGUUUUUGAGGAUAUCUCCAAUAAUGACCACAUUGAUGAAUCAAACAGGUUAGUCAGUAUUAAUAGAAAUGACAAUAAAAAGGAAAAAUAUGGUAUUGAUGAAAUGGUUCUAAAGAAGAAUAAACAUGAUGGUUGGGAUAAUAAUGACAACUUUGAUUAUUCCAAUGUUAUUAAUGGGUCUAACAAAGCUAAGAAAAAUACAUCAUCGGAUACUUCACAAGGAAACGAUAGUAAUAUAUCACUACAAAGUAGGGCAGUGUCCACCGCAUCUUAUGAAAGAAAACCAUCAUUAACACCGUCAUUUGCACAGUUUUUCAGUUCCAUAUAUGAUGAAUCUCCAGUUCCAACAUGCUCAACAUUGCAGAUUUCUGAUGUUUUCACCUUAUGUAAAACGAAAUUUGAAUUAACGGAUCAGAUUUUAAACGAAAAUGCUGGUAAUAAUCUAAGUGAUCUUGUUGUGAACAAGAUUAUUGGUGGUUUUAGAAUUGCACUCAAGAAUCAUAAUGAGGCUCCAUUGGUUCUACUCUUGGUUGGUAAUAACAAGGCAGGUUCGGUUGCGUUAACAACUGCAAGGCAUUUGUUUAAUAAGGGAAUGAAAACGAUGGUUUACUUAUUAUACAAUACCAAAAUAUCGCAGGAUGAACUAUUUGAUGAAGUUGAUGACGAGUUGAAAAGGUACAGCAAGAUUGGAGGUAAAAUGACAAACAGCAUUGAACAAUUGGAACAAUACCUAAACAAUCCGGAUGGGUCACCGCUGGAAUUUAUUAUUGAUGGUCUUCAAGGAUUCGAUACAGAUAUCAAUGACUACGGUGAGCAGGAAAGUGCGGAGGCGAACAAAUUGAUCCAUUGGUGUAAUAGCUCCAAGGUUCCAGUUUUAUCGCUUGAUAUCCCUAGUGGACUAAAUCCUUCUUCUGGAACGAAUGAUAGUGAUGAGUCUCUUGUAGUUAACAGUAGAUUCGUUGCUUCGAUAGGGUUGCCACUGUCAUCCAACUUGAAUAUGUACAAGUUUGGAUACUGUGAAAAGGGGAGAGUCACACAUUAUUUGGUAGAUGCAGGCAUCCCCCGUCGGGUCUACACCAUGAAAGGAGGUUUGAGAAAGUUUGAUAGACGUUGGUUUGCAGAAAGUGGGAGUGUUGAGCUAAAGGUUGUAUAG